AUGGGGCCUAUGCAGAACCGGGUUGACCCUCACAGAUUGUGGGUUGGUGGUUAUUGCAUCGACGCUGGAACUUGUUCAACAGGAUGCGGGAUAACAGGAACUAAUGUAAACACAUUGAGUUGUGCAAAACAGAAAAGCGCUAGCUUUUGUGUAUCAAGUCUCCUCCUCGUCGGCGCAGAUCAAACUUAUACACAUAUGACAUGUGCAUCCCAAGCGCAUGCGAGCCCACCUGUCUUUCUAUUUGAUGCAACCAUGACUGCUCCAAUACCAGCGCCGACUUCUGAACAAACUUCGUCGGUUGCAAUAACAACAAGCAAAUCGAACGUGCAAUCAAAUCUAGAGUCUGCCACCCCAUCUGCAUCAGAUUCGUCCACAAACACUGCUAGUAAGGCGCCAGCCUCUGAGUCGGGAUCGAACUCGGGAUCGAACUCGGUCUCUUCUGGUACCAUCGAUUCUCAAUCAUCAGAUGCUAAAUACUCAAGCGAAUCAUCCCCAAGAGAAUCCAUCUUCACUGUAUCUGUAUCAAUUACCACCACCGCCAGUGGCAUCUCAUCUCCCAGCCCCUCCGAUUCUAUUGCUCCAGCCCCCAAAACCCUUCCCAAAUACGAUCCCAAGGCCUUAAUCGGCAUCGUACUUGGCGUACUCAUCUACCUCCUCCUCCUGAUCUUCACUCUCACCUGGAUAGGAAAAUACCGACGAGCGCAAGAGAAAAAAUCUACUACCCCCACAGCCGAAAGUCCCACAAACUUUUUCUUCAGCAAUCUUCCCGAAGUGAUGGAGCCAUUUGCAAAAACUGACGGAAUCCAUGAAAUGUGUGAUGAUCACGGAGAAUUGAGGGAAUUAGAUAUUGCAGGAGCGGUUGCGGGGAGGACAGGAAGAGUGAGUGUGAGGGAAUUGGCUGCUACGCCUGUGGUGGGUGGAAGACGAAGUGGCAGAAGAAGCGCGAGGGAGGUGGAGGGAGAUAUGGUGUGGGGGAGAGGGAGAAUAAGUAUCAAGGAAUUAGAUGGUGGUGUGUUUGUGAGGAAUGGUCGAAGAGGUGAUAGCAUGACGCAGGUGUUUGAACUUGAUGGACAAUCGUACAUAUGA